ACCCUCAACUAAAGCACCAACUUGAAUCAUUGUUCUCGUCCCCCAAUUUCUCCGUUUAGUAUUGCAACCAAACCUCAAUUUCUAUCUAAGACCAUAAUUUCACAACCAAAAAUGACUUUAUCAUCACUAAGCAACCACCCAAUUGACGAGAGUAUAAUCAGAGAGCAUGUUUUGUCCACUGACAAUCAAGACGGUAGACACUUCAAUACCAAUUUCAUUUUGAAUGAUGCAGAAAAGAUUCUUCGUCUCGAAAUGGGUACUACUAAAGAAGUCACGGUGGAGAAGUUGAAUCAAGUAGUAGAGCUCAAUAAUAUUUAUGAACAGCUUUCUUUUCAUAUCAGACAAGUUUCGAUUGAGAUAGCGUCCGAUUUGAAUGCUAAGACUGCAGCAAAUCAACAACACUCCACGACUAUUGGUGUACUGUGAAAGCUGUGUUGGUAUUCUUGGGAAGAUAAGAUGGUCAUCAUGCUUGCUGCUUUCUCCAUUAUCUAUGGAGAAUACAUCCUUCUUGAUUCCCGAUUAUGCGAAGGCAGUCCUAAAUUAGGAGGAUUGGCUGAGAAGUUGGGAUUUUUGAGACAACAUAAUCUAGUUGAAACACCACCCUCCUACAUUCAAAAAGUAGUUGUGGAUUGCUUGAAUUCAGUGUUAGAACUCACCAAAUGCGUGGUUGAGCUCAAGCAAUGUCCAUAUUACUCUCCCCCGUCAUCAAUAAUUUUGGCCUUACCAAUGGCCACCUAUUGGAUAGCCACAACUCUUAUUAACGUCAGUGCAGCGUGUGCUUGUGAUGCUCACUUCAAGGUUCUUCAUCAAAAUGAACUUGAGGAGCUAAGUGCUUUAAUUGCCAAAAUCCUGGCUAUGUUCUCUCCUGAACUAGCAAAGAAAAAGGCGGAGGAAUCUUUUCAAAUAUUGCGACAUGCAUGGUAUUCCAAUUCUUCUAAUAAGAUACAACUUUUCAAGUUAAUGUUUAAUGUUAUGGAUGAUGAUGAAGCGAUAUUUCAAAGGAGGAUCUUCCACUGGAGAUUAAACUUUUGGCGAGACAGAAGGACAGUACUUCUAUUAAUAACAUCAGGCUUUGAUAUCUCUAAUGAGCAAAUUGAUUUUCUAAAUUGGUUUUACGCCAACUCAAGCCCAUAUAUUGUUUGGAUCCCCAUCAUGCAGUACAAUGCAGCAUGGACCACUGAGGAUGAACAUCACUUUGAAAAAGUAAAAGAGGGGAUGCAUGAGUUAUUUGUGUUGAAAGAUCCACAAAGAAGACUGUUGCCACAAUUCACUAGGUUUGUUAAAGAGGAGUUAUUUCCAAAUUUAAAGAUGAGAUGGGGAGAAGAGGCUAUCCUUGUUUCAAUAGAUCGAAAGGGAAGAAUUGCUCAUCCAAAUGUCAUGCAUAUGAUACUCACUUGGAAUUAUGGUUAUAUUGAAAAAAAUACAAUAGGGGUACAAAGAUUAUAUAAUAUAACUCCCUUGGUAGCAAAGGAGGUGAAAGAAGGGACUUCUGGCGUUAAUCGUGUUGUGCCUGAAAUUGAUGAAAUGAUACGUGACUUUCUACAUGACAUGCACGAUAGAAUAAAUGACUGGGCACACUUGGUUGAACGCAAGAUAGAAAAAGUGCUGGACGAAUCUACUCCAUAUCACAGUGAUAGGGAGAAAGAUUUGUGGCAACAAGAAACAACUUGGAGUCUUCAUCUCCCGGUGCCAAAAUUUCAAUCCUAUCAAGCAAUUGGCAAACUCAUAAAUGUUUGGAUUCAAGAGGAAAUAUAUAUUUUUUUGUAUGGAGGAAAUGGCAUGCAAUGGGUUCAAGAAUUCCCUUCCAAGGUACGCGAAGUUGGCUCCAUAACCCAAUUAAACAUAGAGUUGGUCUAUGUUGGAAGAAACAAGAAAAUAAGACGAAUCAUUGAUGAAAAAAGAAUGAGUCAUUCUCCUUUGCACAAUUCUACAAGAGUAUGGUGGUUUUGGACUCGUCUUCAAAAUAUGUUUUUGUCAAGAAUUCAUUAUUUAGAUGUGACUAACUGCCCUGUUAAAGAAUACAAAAAUGAUGAAAUUUUGCAAGGGCUUAAUGGCCUACGAAAGCACGAAUACAACAAUUGAAGGAUGGGCCUUGUUAAGCAAAGGAGCAAAAGUGAUUGUAUGUGGACAUAGAACUAAAAUGUUGCGAGUCCUGAAUGAAUAUCAAAUAUGGAAGGAGAACAUAACCCCCAAAGGUUUUGGACAAGCAUUCAAAGACCACCAUGAGAUGAUUUUCAUGAAUAGGCAUUCUUGUUGUACUCUGGAAUAUCCAAUUAACUUGGACAAAAUUCCUGAAAAUGAAAUAUGUCAUGAGUGCUCUUGCAGUAUGCACAAAUUUUUAACUUUCA